ACGGAAUUUUCCAAAUUUGUGGUGUUCCAGACUCAAGUAUUAGACCCAUAUCUUCCGCUGUGGAUAAACUAGAUAAGUUGCCAUGGGAGGAUGUCAAAAAAGAAAUGACAGAAGAGAAAGGAUUAGAUCCUAGCAUUGCUGAUCGCAUAGGAGAAUACGUUAAAUUAAAAGACCAAUCAUUACUUUCCAAUAAUAAUGCUAAAGCCGGUUUAAAUGACAUGGUCCUCCUUUUUAAAUAUUUGGAAAUAUUUGGAGUGUUAGAUAAGAUAUCUUUCGACCUUAGUCUUGCCAGAGGACUAGAUUACUAUACCGGUAUUAUUUAUGAAGCCGUAACUGAACAAUCUGGACCACCUAAAAGCAAAGAUGGAAACCAGAUUGUUCGAAAGACCAAAAAAGAUUCCGAUGAACUUGAUGAAACAACAGUUGGUGUGGGCUCUAUUGCUGCCGGUGGCCGUUAUGAUAAUCUUGUGGGUAUGUUUGCCAGUAAUAAAAAGGGUAACAUACCAUGUGUUGGCGUCUCUAUAGGUGUAGAACGUGUGUUUUCUAUUUUGUUGCAAAAAGCUGCACUCGAACAAAUAAAGGCAAAUGAAGUAGAAGUUUAUGUAAUGGCUGUUGCUGAUGGUUUAUUGGAAGAUAGAAUGAAGAUAUGUUCAGAGUUAUGGGAUGCUGGAAUUAAGGCCGAAUUUAUGUACAAGAACAAACCAAAAUUACAACCUCAAUUUUCAGUAUGUGAUCGUGAUCAAAUUCCUUUUGCGGUUAUUAUUGGUCGUGAUGAAUUAAACCGGGGUGAAGUCAGAAUUAAAGAUAUGAGGUCUAAAGAACAAGGUGAAGGUGGCGGUGCUUCCAUAAAACGUAGUGAUAUGGUAAAUGAAUUAAAGAAAAGAUUAGGAAAGCCGUAA